AUGGCUCCCCCAGCAUCCAAAUGGUGGCAAGAGCCCAAUGAUGCCGACCUCGACUACGGAUUUGAUUCUGACGAACUGGAUACCAGAUAUAACAAACUUGAUCGAGACACCUCCCACGAAAAUAAAACCAAACCGAGAAACACCCAGGAUACGGACAUCAAGGGUGUGAUUGGAACCAUGUCUUCUUGGCUUCACCGUCAGGCUGGUUCCUCCCAUGGACAGCUUGCGACAGCAGCUGUUGUGUCGGGCGCAGCUGUCGCAGGUGCUAUCUUAGGGUACCAGUCAUACAAGCGCAAGGAAGCUAUUAAUGAUCUGAAGGCUUCAAUCCCGAGCUUAGAUGAUUUGCAUCCUGCGGAAAUGCUCACCGAUUUCGGUGCUGCCUCGAAUGGAGUACAGCUAAGCAAGGAGGAUGAGCGUGGUGCGGCUUUGGCUCGCAGAGCGCAACGGGGAGACUAUGAUGAUGACUUGAUUCUUGAACAGCUUGCCCGCAACCGUGUGUUCCUCGGCGAUGAAGGCCUUGCCAAGCUUCGAUCGUCAUUUGUUGUCGUUGUCGGCUGUGGUGGUGUCGGUUCGCAUGCCGCUGCCUCACUGGCCCGAUCGGGCGUCUCCAAAAUCCGGCUCAUCGAUUUCGAUCAAGUCACAUUAUCAUCACUGAACCGACACGCCCUUGCGACAUUGGCUGAUGUUGGCACACCGAAGGUCCAUUGUAUCCGGAGACGAUUGGAGCAAGUCACACCAUGGGUCAUGUUCGAUUGUCGCAAUGAGCUCUAUGGAAAGGCCGCGUCUGAGGAUCUCCUCGGCCCGUGGUCUCUGACACACGAUGGAGAGGGCCGUCGACCAGAUUUCGUGUUGGAUUGUAUUGAUAACAUCACAUCCAAGGUAGAGUUGUUACACUACUGCCACUCGAAUUCCUUGCCUGUGAUUUCGUCGAUGGGUGCAGGAUGCAAGUCGGAUCCGACUCGCGUUGUGGUCGGUGACAUUUCGCUCACCACCGAUGAUCCUUUGUCCCGCAGUACACGCCGACUGCUGAAGCGCCUCGGUGUGUCGUCUGGAAUUGCAGCCGUGUUCUCGACAGAGAAACCGGGCCCGGGCAAGGCUACCCUACUUCCUCUUCCCGAAAAUGAAUUCAUCAAAGGUCAAGUUGGUGAGCUUGGAGUUCUUCCUGACUUCCGAGCCCGCAUCCUCCCAGUUCUGGGAACCAUGCCUGCAGUCUUUGGUUACACGGUAGCCAACCACGUUAUCUGCACUAUUACUGGCUACCCGCUUGAUUAUAACAUGGGUGCCAAGGGCCGCGACAAACUUUACGACACCAUCUUGAGUACUUUGUUAAACUUGUACGAACGAACGAUCAGACGAGUCACUGGUCAAGAUACCGUGGGAUUCCGCUUACCGCUCAGCAAGGAUGACAUUGCAUUCGUUGUGGAAGAAGUAUACCGGGGGAAGAGUGCAGUCAGCGGCUUGUCUACCAGACUGGCUCUCAUUCCCUGGCAAACUCCUGCCCACGGAUGGAAUAUGGAUCUGAGCCUUGAGAAAGAAGGACAAAAGACCAUCCCGAUGAAACUCAAUGAGAUUGUUUGCAUGACCAAGGAAGAAGCACUCCACCAUGAGGAAGAGGUACUUAAGGGCGGCAAGAAGGUGGAAGAGGUAUACGAUGAGACUGUUAUCCAGCGUGUAAACCUGCGGAGACGGGAAGCAGCAGAGUAUGAUCAGUACCGGGGAUAG